AUGGCAUCCCUGCUGCAAGGCCGGCUACCCAUCAGUCAAGAAGUGCUGCUGAUGCAGAAAGGUAUGAUGAUGCGCAAAGUGAGAACCAAAAACUGGAAGAGGCUAAGAUACUUCAAACUUCAGGAAGAUGGCAUGACUGUCUGGCAUGCCCGGCAGGUUGGAGGCAGAGCCAAGGCCACCUUCUCAAUCUCUGACGUGGAGACGGUGCGUAAAGGCCACGAAUCUGAGUUGUUGCGCAGCCUGGCAGAGGAGUUCCCCCUGGAGCAGGGCUUCACCAUUGUCUUCCAUGGCCGCCGCGCCAACUUGGACCUGGUGGCCAACAGUGUGGAAGAGGCCCAGAUCUGGAUAAAGGGGCUCCAGCUCUUGGUGGACUUCGUCACCAACAUGGACCAAAAGGAGAGGCUGGACCAGUAUCGGGGCAGGAUGGAGCCAGAGCGGGGGCCAAGGUCACUGAAGAGGCAGAUGCUGCAGGGGGCUGGAGACAGGUGGCAGUGGGUACAGGGCUAG